CUUCUUGUGUGACUCACAAGCCCCGCAGCAUCCCAUCGCCAAGCCGUUUCCAUAACAUCAGCAUCGUCUGCAUCGGGUCCAGACCCGCGAAGUAUUAUCUUGUAUUUUUCUUUUUUUUUUUUAAAUCGCUACUGUUGCUGCUGUGUUCUAAUCUUUCGGUGCUGAGCUCUGUAGAGGGGGAGCCCCGUCUGGCAGUUGAAGUAAAUGCGAAGAAUGUAUCCUCGAAGAGAGCUGGUCUGGGUUGUCUGCACUUUGACAUCGUCUGCUGCUGUGAAUUGAAAGCCGGCACGUAACGACUUUCUCCAGUCGAUGAAUCUUGGAUGAAGAUGAAAUUGUUCUUAGUGUUAGCCCACCUGGGCUCGCUUGUCGCUGUGGGGGCAGGCCAGUGCAGCGAGGACGAGGUGAAGCUGAGCCUGGACACCAUGAACACCAACCUGACCCUGGCGGCUGCCACCGGAUACAGACACUCCUCUGAUGAUAUCAUCAAACUUUGCCGAGAGUACUGGAGCAGGGAGGGUAUAUUCGCGAGUUGUCGUCCACACAGAAUAAAAAGCAUCGCAAAAUUUGCCAGAGAUGUCAAGAAUAAGCUGCAAAGUUUUUGUGAGAAAGAAUGCAUCGGGUUUAUCACCUUUAACGACUGUCUCGGUACGAUCUACAAUACAAACCUCACCAGUCCACCAUACGACAGCAGCACUAAACACUGCAAACUGUACCAGGAGGUGGUCAGAGAUUGUGUCGACGACUCGCAGGAUUGCAAGAUUCGAGAGCCGCUGUUCCUGGCCAUCCUGACCAGCGCCUUCAGGGAGCAUCUGUACGAGGAGGGCUGCGUGCCCCGCCCAGUUACCGCUUCAGUGUCCGUUGAAUCUACCACCAACCUGCCAACCUAUCACCCAACGACUGUUGGUCCGUCCAGCGUGGCCACGUCUUCUUCCCCACCUGGCCUGUGUAACCUGGCCAGAGCAAGGAGCUGUGUGGGACAGUUACAGGAGACAGUGGACUUGGCCUCCUGGGAUCAGGACACACUCGUGUCAGUCUGCAUUGCCAGCGUGAAAGGCGACCGACUGUUGGAGUGUUUUAACAACCAAACUGCAGGCUGCGAUGUCAACAACCGAGAGCUGGUGGUUGUGAGGGAAAUGUUGGACAAAGUCAACAACGAUGCCAGAAUUACCUGUGAAAAUGCGUGUCCAAGCUACCAACACGCUUUUUGGUGCGCUGGCAUACUGGCCAACACCUCGCGGCCUCUUUCUCAGUUGUGCAGGUACCACGAAGCAGCCCUACAAUGCGUCACGUGUCCACUGGCCCAUGCCAUGCUACUCCAGCUCCUGAAACAAAGUCCGGAUCCAGACUGGCUGAAUGUCUGCGAGUCAGCAUGUCCAGAUCUUCAUCUAGUCCUUCUUUCCUUGGAAUCAUGCGCAGAGAAAUACAACUGGACUUCCGCCUCAGACUCCACUUGCCCGCAGGUGUGGAACGUCACUUCCUGUCUGGAAGGUCACGAGGUCGAAGGGCUUAGAUGUGAAAACGUUAGUCGGCUGGUAGACAGGGUCAUACCUGGUCUCACCUCACAACAGCUUCAGUGCGCCACAACAACGACAACAACUACCACCACAACCACCACCACAACCCCUUCCACGACCACCAGCACCACAACGACUUCAACCACAUCAACAACUUCUACCACCACAACAACGCCAACAACGACCACAACUACGACUACUCCAACGACAACAACAACUACCCCAACGACGACAACAACUACCCCAACAACAACAACAACAACUACCCCAACGACAACGACUUCUCCAUCAACGACAACUAGCCGGACGACUACACCAACAACCACAUCUACCACUACUACUGCUACCACCACAACAAUUCCUACAACAGUCGAUCUCAUGCUGCUACGCAACAUGGUGUUACAAACAUGUCCUCCUGAUCGUCCGAUCGUGCAAUAUGAAGCUUAUGAUGCUGUCUCAACACCCGGGUACCAGCAGCAUGCCAACACCAGUCACCAUUCCACGCCAAUGAACAUAUCAUCCUGCAUUCAGUUGCUGCUGUUCGAGGAGUGCCUCUCCAAGAUGGCGGCCUGCGUGAGCAGUAGUCAGCGCAGUGAGUGCUACACCAGCCUACCCGAGCACCUGCAGACUCUAGCAAGGAACCGAGACAAGUGCUUGCUGAUCAUCUACAGGGCAGCAGCCGACAUGGAGCUCAUCAAGUCGGGGGACUAUGCUGGUGCUGGGGAUCAAAGCGAGGGAUACAAAGCCUUUGCUAAUUUCACCUGCGGGAAAGGUUCCUCUGCUCGGAGACAAAGUCACGGUUACCUGGUACUUCUGCUAAUGGUGAUGAGUACUAGUCUUCGAAUGUUUGGCUGAUGCUGCACAUUACAAACAGUAACAACCCUAUUAAACUUUAUUCAUUCGGGGUUUUUUUUUUUCUUUCUUUCUCAUUGAUUUAUCUCGAUUUUUGUGAUGAAUGGAGAUGAGUUGGAAAACAUGAUGCAUGCCGGUGGUACUCGUAGCUGACUGAUUGUUAAAGCAGAGUGAAGGAGUUCUGUAUCCACUCGUCCAGUGCCUCCAUUCCGGCUCUUUCUCCACUUCACUGAUCAUCUCUCAUGUAACUUCCACCACUGCCCCUCUCUCCUCCCUCAACACCCCCGUGCGAGCUCAAAGAUGUGUUAAUGAAGGUGAGCAGUCAAUGAUGUGGCCCCGAGGACCAGCUUUCACACACCAUGUUCACUUUCCAGACAAUACACACACGAAAGUAAAUGUUAGUUAAUUUAUUUAUUUAUUGUAUAAUUAAUUAAGCCUUUAACAGUCGAUUAUGUUGCUUUCAUGAUCAGUAUUUUUCAUGUCCAUUAUUUAAAUUUUGGGUACUGCGGUUUAGUGGUCUAACCAAAGGAAAAGUUGAACAUCACUGCGAAUAAUUAAAAUAGAAUGUUUUGAAAUGUAUUAUACUGUAGUCGGAUUCUUUCCCUCAUCCUAUCCUCAUCCGUUAACUGACCUUUCUGCACUUAUUGCCGUUCUCUGAAAGAAGUGGUUUUUCCCGAUUAAUCCUUUAAUUAACUUAAUUAAUCAAAAUAAUUUUUCAAUCAUCAUGGAAACUUUUGAGUUGUAAAGAGCUGCUUUUCAAUUAGUUGAACAUUUUUGUCACGUGCACAGACUAUCAACAACAGGAUGAGUCGGUAGGAGAUAAAAUAUUGAGGAAAAAAGUUUGUUUUUCCAGAAAUUAAUAAAUCAUUGAUAUUAUCUUAUAUUAGCUUCAUUGUUAGACGCACAACCUUUUCAUGCAUGUACAGCUGUCAUUAUUUAAUCUGGAACUCUCUGAAUUUUAUAAAAUUUUUGUUUUACUGAUAUUCACACACAUUUCAUAUUCCUUGUAUGCUGAAACAAUUUGUCGGUCUUCAUGUUGUGACUGACUACAAUGACUCCAUGUACAUACUGACCGUUUGUAUUUCUGUGUACCCACUGUCUGUCUGUCUGUCUGUCUGUCUGUCUGUCUGUCUGUCUGUCUGUCUGUCUGUCUGUCUGUCUGUCUGUGUGUGUGUGUGUGUGUUAGAAAAAGUGUGUAUGGGUGUGUUGGAAGGAGUGAGUGUGUGGAUCGGUGCGCACACGAAAGUGGAUGUGUGAGUGUGAAUGAGAGCGUGUACGUGUGUACUAAUAAGAUACAUUCUGUGGUUAUUUUUUUAAUUUCUGUCCGACAAGACUAUGAAUCUUUGGCUUAACUCAUAAAUAAGAUGAGUGAGUGCUUGUUUUAUAAAGAACAUUUUUUCCUUCCCUUCUUUCUUAUGCUUUCUAUUUCUGCAGCAAAGUACAACUUACCUGUAUGUACUACCUGUGCCUGCUGCUUCAAAUUGUAUUAUUUUAUGUGAAUUUUAUAUGUUCUAUGUAUUAAUGUACAGAAUAAGCAAUUCCAUA